GAUAAGAUUUCCGUAUAACGUAUAACCUAAAAUAUUGUUUUCAUAAAAAAGUAAAUUGAAUCUAUUUGAAGUAUAAAAUAAUAUUUGAAUAUGAAACAACGUGCACUAUCUUUAUCGAAAACGCUUUUGUUAAGUCAUAAUUCAAAAGGCUUACCCGCUAUAAGAUGUUUAAGCACACAAGAGGCAUUAGAACGACGUCACCAUCUUUUCGUCCUAGAGAAGAAACGGCAGUUGGAGAAAGUGGGAAGAAUAGAGAAAAUAGAAGUUACCUACAAAGGUGUUCCUAAUGACUGCACUUUGAUCAUGAAUAAGGACAUAUCAACGCCUCAUGAUUGUGCAAAACAUCUGGGUGAAUGGCAUAUGGAGUCCAGUGCACUGGCGCUGCUUAAUGGUUCCAUAUACUGGGAUAUGCACAGACCAUUAACAGAAAACUGUACAUUAGAAUUGCAAAGAUUCAACAUAGCCGAACCCCAGCAAGUGAACAAAGCGUUUUGGCGUACUUGCUCGCUGCUGCUCGGAGUUUGUGCGACUGUCGCCUUCAAAGAUAACAUACCGGUACACUUGCACAGUUUCCCAGGACCUGACAUAAGAAGCGGUUCAUUUAUAUACGACAUAGAUCUACCAAGCCUACCUGAUUGGAAACCAACUCCUCAAGAGCUACACACCCUCAGCGCGGAGUAUGUCAAGCUGACAAGGCAACAACUGCCCGUAGAACGUCUGGAUGUUUCAAUGGAUUUAGCCUUAGAAAUGUUCGUUGAUAAUCAACAUAAGGUCAAGCAAAUACCGAGUAUUGCUAAGGCUACUGGUAAAGUUACUUUAUAUAAGGUGGACAAGUACGUGGAUAUAUCGAAAGGUCCGUUAAUCAGUAACACGGGACAGAUAGGUCGAGUUGCCGUCACAUCCGUUCACAAACUAAUCGGCUCUCCAGAAAGCGAUGUAAAGCAAUUAUACAGAUUCCAAGGCGUCGCGUUACCUACAGGAGUUAUACUGAAUCACUUUGCGUUUUCUAUACUUAUAGAGAGAGCGAAAAAAUUGAAUCAUGCGAGAUCACCAGUCAAUCCGUUCAGCAAUGUGAAAGAACCAACUUCUGAGGAAAGUAUAGCAGCUCGAGCUUAAAACUACAUUUUAAUAUGAUUAGGUAUAGAAAUAAAAAUAUUAUAUAAAUAA